AUGGCCCGCGGCCACGCACUUCCGGCGGCGCGGCCCGCCCCGGAAGCGCGCCCGCCCGGCCCCACCAGCGCGUCGCGGCUGGGGGCGGCCGCUGCCUGCGUAGGGGUCGGGGUGCACGGGCCUUGGGGAGCGCCCGGACCGUCCCUGAAGAGCCGGGGCCUCGACCCCGCCCGCGGCAGCCCCUCCCUCGCGGCUCCGCCCUGCGCGGGCCGCCCGGCCGCCUGGACCCCGCCCCGGCCCGCGCGCCCGGCCCGCCCCGGCGUGAUCUGUCCGGGCGUCCGUGGCCGGUCCCUGUGCGGGGCGCCCGGGAGGGCCGCCGCCCUGCGCCGGGCUCUGGAGCCGCGGGACGGGCGCUGCCCGGGCCUCUCCCGCGGACGCUCCGGAGGCCGCUGCCCGGGGCCCGCGGGGGCUGCGCCUGCAGCUGGGAGUCCUCGCAGCCCCUGUCCCCUCUGGGCCCGCCCGCAGGGCCGGCUCCCGGCUGACGGGGCCUCCAGCGGGGUGCCGUGCCCCGGGAGCCGGAGCCGGGCCGCUGCCGCUGGACGCCACAGCCAGCGGGAAGCGGGCAGAGCGGGCCGGGGCCGGGGCCGGGGCGGGCGGGAGGGCGUGGCCGCUGGGCCUGUGUCCGCCGCCGCCCGCGUGAGCGCGUCCUUCCGCGGCCGUGUGUCCCCGCGCCGGCACCAGCGCGAGACCCCGGCCCGGGCUUUCGGACACGCCCGAAGCCCGGACCCCCGCGGGCCCGCGGCCCGGCCGAGCGGCGAGCACCGCGCCGGGGCAGGAGCGGCCGGAGCGCGGCGGCGGCGCGGCCUUUGCAGCGAAGGCAACUGGUGGCCCCUGCGCCCGAGCCGGCCCUGGAAGCGGACGCGGCGCCGUCGCGGCCCGGGCGACACCGCGCGGCCAGAAGCGGCCCGAGGCGGCGUCUCGGCGGCCCGGCCCGGCCCGGCCCGCUCCUGCCCACAAGCCCCGGAGGCCAGGGGGGCGCAGCCCCGGGUCCGGCUGGCGGCCGCGGGCGGGGCAGCUCCUGCGAACCGGCCCCCGCGCCCCUCCCCUGUGUCCCACGAGCCUGCUCCCCCGGCCCCGGGCGGCCCAGGACGGCGCCCCACGCCCGCGGCGGGCUCGGGAGCCGGCGUCCCCCGACCGCCCCUCCGGGUGCGGCCCGAGCCAGGCCUCGCGCGGGGAGGCGGGAAGCCAGACCAGGACGCGCCGGCCCGGGGCGGCCGGGCGCGGGAGGCGGCGCAGCCCUUCGCGGGCUCCGCGUCGAGGAGCUGCCCCGGGAGCCCGGACGGUGCCCACGCGCCCGGGAGGGGCCAGAGGCGGCCGCACCCCCGCCCGCCCCGGGCCCCCAGCGCAGCCGCCGAGCGGGGCUCCUCGCCGCGGGUGGGCCUCCCCUGCGGGCCUUCCGCGCCCGCCGGCCGAACCACAGGGCCGCGAGCCUCCCUCCCGGCCGUGCACAGCUGCAUAAAGGGGCUCCGCGGGCGGCCCCAGCUGCCUGCGGUGGAGCCGGGGACGCCGGCCCUGCCGUGGCGGCGCGCGUUGGGGCAGGGAAGGCCCGGCCCGCCUGCGCCGCCCCCGUCAGCGUCCCGCCGCGCCCUUGCUGGGGCGGUGCGGCCGGCAGGCUCGCGGGAGUGGGCGCCCCAGCCCGCUGCCCGGCGGGGCCGCCUCCGCGGGGUGGCCGUGGGGGCGGGCGGGGCGCCGGGCUGCCGGGAGGAGCCGAGCCGCGGCGCCGGAGCCCUCGUGCUCGCCGGGACGGCGGCCCCACCGCGCCGCUCCGAGGGCUCCGCCGGCCGUGCCCUGGCCGGGGGCGGGGCGGGCCGGGCGUCCGGGGACGCGGCUGGCGUCACCCAGGCUUCACCAGGCCGCAGGGCCACCCAGGUGCCCGGAGGCUCCCGAGAGCCAGCCCCCGCCCACAGCGAGUGUCACCCUGAGCGCCCCCGUAGGGUGAAUUCCUCGGGCUCUGCCGCACUGGCCUCUGCGGCCUCGGUCAUGUCAGUGCAGGAGGGGCUGGGGCGCGGGCCUGAGUGUGGGCACGUGGACCGUGGUGUGCUUGUGUAUGGAGGCCGCCAGGAUGCCCACGAUCUGACCCAGCUCCCUGGCCAUCCUGUGCCCCUGGACAGGGAGCUGAGCGGGGACCGAGGCUCGGGGGUCCCGGGGGUCCUGGAGGGUCCGGCCUCACCAACCCUGGUCCAGCUGUCGCCAGCGUGUGAUGGGGCGUGUGCGCGCGCGAGGGGCACCAGCUCUGGGGACCGAGGCCUGCAGGACCCCGACACCACCUCCCUUGAGGGCCUGGCCCUGAGCACCCCCAAGUCCUCCGAUCCUUGCCAGCCCACUCACCCCGAGCCCUCUGGAGCCCGCGCCCCAGGGAGCCUGCGCCGGAGCUGGCCUGGCUGGGACGGGACCGUGAGGCGGGGCGUGGAGCACGUCUCCCGUGGGCAGUGGUGCCCGCCUGCCAACCGCGCCAAGGCCCCACCCCAACUCGACCAGGGCCGGCGCUGGCCCAGCACGACGGGCCACCUUCCCGGGAGCAGAAGACCAGAACAGUGCGGCAGGACCCGGCCAAAGCUGGUGCCCAGGUGGCCGUCUGGCACCACACCUGGGCGCCUGCACCUGGGUGGCCCCUGGGGGCCUCUCCCAGGAGGAGCGGAAACCUUGCUGCGCGCCUGGCUGCGGGAGGCCGGCGUGAGGGCGCCCGGCAGAGGCCCGCUCUUUAUGGCCUGUGUCUCUGCCUCAGACUUUGCCCUGAAAUAG